AUGGGUACAGUUGGAGAGACCGAAGUAGACGGACCAGCAAUGGCAGAGGGCACAGGUCUGCUGAUGGCAGAGGGCACAGGUCUGGUGAUGGUAGAGGGCACAGGUCUGCUGAUGGCAGAGGGCACAGGUCUGGUGAUGGUAGAGGUGGCGAGGUUCUUCUCACCGGCAUUGGAGGCAGUGGCAGCGGGGGUUGAGGCUGGGAGAUUGUCCUGGGACGUUCAAGGAAGUGAGGACAGAUUUCCAGCAUACUUUUUUGUGCUCCAACUGGCAUCCAAAAGUGGGGUAGAAGCCAAUCCAGAUGAAAUGGAGGUGAUUUGCCUGGAGAACAGUAUGGAACUUGUGCUGAAUAAAUCUGGUAGAAUUGGGCUGAGUGCAGAGUACCUGAGGCUGGGCGAUUCCAACUGCACUCUGUACUCAAACGGGACUCAUCUGCUGUCCAAUAUGUCCCUCGAUGCAUGUGGCACUGUGAUGGAGGAUGAUGGUGUAGAUCUCAUCUUUACCAAUGAAGUUGUGUCUUUCAACGAAUCCGAUGCUGUUGUAGUCAGGGACCCUUUGGUGGAGAUUGAGUUCUCUUGCAAGUAUCCCAAACAGAGCAGCGUGACUCUCGACUUCCUUGGUCACAGGCCCCCAGUCAACUUCACACAGAGGGGCUUUGGUACGUUCACCUUGCAGUUUGAAUUCUUCGAGUCAAGUACAUUCAGUCUUGCGAAGGACCCAAGCACCUACCCUCUGGAGUUCGAUCUGGGAGACAUGAUGUACAUGCAGAUUCAGUCCUUCACCUCCGUUCCCAACACUGUGCUGUUUGCUGAGUCCUGCACCGCAACUCCCAGCGAUGACCCCAACAGUGCCAGUAAAUAUCCCAUCAUUAAAGACGGAUGUAAAGUCGAUCAGACCGUACAGCUCUAUGCCAAUGGACAACAGUCAGAGGUCCAGUUUGCAAUGGAGGCCUUCAAGUUUAUUGGACUGCAUGAGCAGGUGUUCAUCCGAUGCUCCGUCAUCCUCUGUAAGGCUGACACAAACAGCAGCAGAUGCUCUCAGGGCUGUACAGAGGGUCUCCGCCUGCCCGCCGGCCAUAUUGCCGCCAGCUCUGAGCACACCAUCCGCAAGAGGGAGGCACCCUUCCAGACCGCUAAUCACGUCAUCCUCCAGGGCCCCUUGCGUCUUAGGCGCAGUUUGACCAAACAAGUGGCAGUGAACAUGGACCCAAACAUAAUGCUCACCAUUGGUGCUUUCGUGGCUGCUGUUGCCAUGGCAUGUGGAGUGAUGCUCUACAGAACCUGGAAAUCAAGUGAUAAAUAUGAGAGAAUGGUUUGA